UGUUGUGUGCAGAGCAAUCUUGUCAUUCUAUUAAGUCUCAACUAUUCUUUUUGUAACUUGUCUUCCUUUACAAAGGCACUGCAGAGGCUAAGAAGACGCAUGGAAAAUCUGAAGAAUCAUCAUUCAACUUGUGAGGCCAGAUUUGAAAAGGAAAUUAUAAAUCCAGAAGCUCAGGUUUGACAAUUGUUUAGAGUGAGGAUACUGGGGAUGGUUGAAUCGUUAUAAUAUCCUAUUGCCUAAUUUGCACAUGACUAAUAUCAUUUUAUUGUAUCCUUAGAUGUCAGACACUGAGGUUGCCAGUACCACUGAGGCUGCCAGUACCGCUGGGUCGAUAGUCCAUGUGUUGGAUGAUGCACCGCCAUUGAUCAGAACAGACAGCAUAUUCUUGACCAAAGCUAUGCUUGGAUACAAGACUGAUGACUCAAUAACCAGCAUUGACAACAGUGAAGAUGAUUAUGUCCCAAGGUCAUCAGAGGAAGACGAUUCCGAUGAAUUUUCAGAACCAAAGACAAGGGUGGACAGCAGUAAACACGAUGAUCUAGUCUCAGAGGGAGACAGUUCAGAUAAAUUAGCGGGUGUCAAGAGAAAGAAGCAAUACAAGAAGACUAUCAAGAGAUGCAGAAGUUCCUCAGAAGAAAACAGCUCAAAUGGAGAAUCAGAACUCAAGAGAAUGAAGCGAUACGAAAAUACUUAUAAGAGAUGUACUAGUUCCCCAAAGUCGAACACUAGCAGUGAAUCAUUGCUUGUAAUGAAUGUCUCAGAAGUAGAUGGAUCCAAAAAGUACCACCAAAAAAAGCACUUCUGUCUGUUUUGCGAGCAACCGCAAUCCAAAAUCGCCCGUCAUUUAGAACAUAAACAUGGGGAUGAAAUGGAAGUAGCUACUGCACUUCAGUUUGCAAAGAAGUCAAAAGCUAGGAGACUUCAGCUGAAUCUCCUUCGCAAGAAGGGGAAUCGGGCACACAACAUUCAGGCACUUAAAGAAGGAAAGGGGGUUUUGGUACCAUGUAAGCAAACAAGUGAUGACAAGAGCAAUCACCAGGACUAUCAGCAUUGUUUUGCCUGCCAUGGGCUCUUUAAACGCAAAUCUAUGUGGAGGCAUGUGGCAAGGUGCACACUAGCACAAAAUGUUCGUAAGGAGAUGCCUGGCAAAACCAGAAUCCAGGCACUCUGUGCUAGUGCUCAACCGGUUGCUAAAGGAGUCAGCGAGAAGGUCUGGAAACUGGUGAGUAACAUGGCUCAAGAUGAUGUAGCCCAUGCAGUAAAAGAAGACAGAUACAUCUUGGCAUUGGGUGAAAAAAUGUACAACAAGAAAGGGAGAACCCCUCACAACACCAGCACAUUCGUCAAACUUUGCGAGAACUAG